AUGGUCAUACCAGCAUUAGUAGUAUUAGCAGAAACAAUAACUAUAUUAAUCAAUGACAGCAGCAAUAACGCCAACAGUAAGAGAAACAGUAAUAGCAUUAACAACAGCUACAGUAACGGUAAUAGCAAUAGUAGAAGCAACAGUAACAGCAACAACAGCUACAGUAACAGCAACAGUAACAGCAACAACAGCUACAGUAACAGUAACAACAAUAGUAAAAGCAACAGUAACAGCAACAGUAACAGCAACAGUAACAGCAACAGUAAUAACAACAAUAGUAAAAGCAACAGUAACAGCAACAGUAACAGCAACAACAGCUACAGUAACAGUAACAACAAUAGUAAAAGCAACAGUAACAGCAACAGUAACAGCAACAACAGCUACAGUAACAGUAACAACAAUAGUAAAAGCAACAGUAACAGCAACAGUAACAGCAACAACAGCUACAGUAACAGUAACAACAAUAGUAAAAGCAACAGUAACAGCAACAGUAACAGCAACAACAGCUACAGUAACAGUAACAACAAUAGUAAAAGCAACAGUAACAGCAACAGUAACAGCAACAGCAACAGCAACAGGAACAGCAACAGCAACAGCAACAGUAACAGCAACGGUAACAGCAACGGUAACAGCAACAGUAACAGCAACAGUAACAGCAACAGUAACAACAACAGUAACAACAUCAGUAACAGCAACAAUAGCAGCAAGAGCCAACAGUAA